CUAGCUUCAUACUCUCAAUUUCGAGAUUCAACAGGUUCGGCGGCGACGACAACCCGCUAUAUUUGCGAGCCCAUCUCAUUUCCCUUAUACAACCUAUUUGUUAUCAUAGAGAACAAGUCAUCAUCAUGGCUUCGGUGGCUUCGGAGAGCGCGCCCAAGUUUGCUCCUUUCAUCGGCAUGGCCGGCAUUGCCGCCGCCAUGAUUUUCGGAUGCAUUGGAGCAGCAUACGGAACGGCAAAGUCUGGAAUUGGUAUCGCAGGUGUGGGCACGUUCAGGCCAGACCUGAUCAUGAAGUGCUUGAUUCCCGUCGUCAUGUCCGGAAUUAUCGCUGUUUACUCACUUGUUGUCUCCGUCCUCAUCGCCGGUGACAUGAACCCACCGACGCGACAAAGCUACAGCUUAUUCAGCGGGUUUCUGCAUCUGGGAUGUGGGCUCUCAGUUGGAUUCACGGGUCUUGCGGCCGGAUAUUGCAUCGGUAUUGUUGGUGAUAAGGGUGUUCGUGCAUACAUGGAACAGUCGAGGAUAUUCGUCGGCAUGGUUCUAAUCCUUAUUUUCGGAGAAGUCUUGGGUCUAUACGGUCUCAUUGUUGCUCUUAUCCUCAACACCAAGAGCAAGGGUUAAGUCACUCGGGGUUCAGGCGACACAAAUCACUCACAAAGGCAACUCAAUGUUCAUAUGAAAGGGCAUAAGCAAACCCUGUCUGCAAAGGCAAAGUGUAAUCAAUAACUGCAUGGCUGAUGGCGUUUUACGGGUAUGUAGAACUAAAGGCAACCAUUAGAAUCGUUGACGGUUGGCAGGUCAGCGUCUGAUCAGAUAGUUGUCCAGAGCCUCUGUUGAUGAACAAGAUAUCUUGUAACAUCAAAACAAAUCAUUGGCAUUAUUACGG